AUGACCCACGGCAUGAAAGAAGCCUCCCCACCACCGCAAUACCCACCACAAGCCUACCCGCCGCAAGGCUACCCACCGCAGGGCUACCCACCGCAAAACCACUCACCUCAGCCCGGCUACAACAGCUACCCGCCCCAGGGCUAUCCACCACAACAAGAGGGCUACCCACCGCCGCAGCAGGGAUACCCGCAGCAGCCGAUGGUCUAUCAGAUGCCGCCGCCGCCGCCGGGCGCGCAUAAGUCGGAGAGUGAUGUGGGGGGCAUGUUGGCCGCGUUUUGUGCCGCGUUGGCGUGUUGUUGCUGUUUGGAUGCGAUUUUUUAG